UGCAGAAGAGGUCGUCGAGGUUGUCUAUGAAUGAAUAUCAAGAUGAUGAAGAGAUGCAGAAUAGAGAUGCUGUUAAAACAGAGGAUAUUUAUCAAUCUCUUCAGUGUCCUGCUACUACAGCCCACAAAACUAUUAGCAAUAUAACACUGGCCUCAGGAGAGCAUAAUUGGAGGAAGUAUGGAUUUUUGCUUUUUGCUGUGAACAUUCUGAUCUCAACCAUCAUCCUUGUCAUUGUGGGGCUGAACUACUCUAACAUCAAAGAAACACAACUUAUACAAAUAGCUGAAGGACAGAGAGCAGGAGAAAAAGAAGUGUGGCUUCUCCGGGACAACAUGUUUUAUUUGUUUUGGAUUGGCCAUGGUGGUUGCAGCACUGCUAAGACAUUCUGUUCUCAGAGGAAUGCUAGAUUGGCCAUUUUAAGAGAGCAUAACAUGGUGUGGUUGCAGUCCAAGGCCAAUGGAAAACGAUUUCUGGUCUUAAGAGCCCCUUUAGAUGGAUCUGGAGACACUGAUUCAACACAUUUGGAUGAAGAUAUGGAUGAAGAUAAUGUGAGGUGUGGCAUCAUGACCUCUGAUGUUGAUACGGAUCAAGGAGAAGGAUUUGUGUGUGAGAGGGCAGCGAACCCCAUCGUUACAUCUUUUAUGGCUUAUUAGUUCUGUAAAAUCCCCUAGUGACAAUACCCUAUCAAUUACAGGGAAUUCACAAGGGUUUGUAGCAAUUGGGCUCUACUUCUUAUUUUCUACAGGUCAGUAAUGUUUCUUAAAAAUGCCACCUAGAACAAUAACAUAUUUGUUUGUUUGUUGUUUUUAAAUUCACAAUGAUAAUGUUGUUCCAUUGAGGGAUCUGCAUUGAUCAUAAGCAGCUUAUAUGGCCACAUUACUCAUGAACCUGUCAAUCUUUUGAGUUGUGUCUUUCUAUUGUUUGUUUUAAAUAUAGCAAU